AUGCAUGGAAGCCAAUUGGCAAGGAAUCCUUUCUACGACACCAAUACGGUGGCUCCACAGAAGCAGUCAAACGACGUCUUCUCCGGCAUGAAUCUCUCUAUGCAAGCAUUCAACACCAAUACAGCACCAGUAAAAGAGGAGCAGCUUCGUACGGAUGGUUGCCGAAUGAUUUGCCGUCUACUUCUUCGACAACGACAACUGUUACGAGACGAAUACGGUAGAAGCAUGACAAACAAAUUUCAAGCUGCGGCAAGCUCCAAUCUCCUUGCGCAUCCUGUUUUGGCCGGCUGCCAACCGUCCCAGACGAAAACACCCACCGAAGUGCCAUCGAGCAUUUCUAGCUAG